CAUAAUUUAAGAAAAUCACAAAAAGAUAGCAAACUGCAAUGCCCGAGUUCUUUUUAUCCUCUUCAAAAUGCCUCAUUAGUCUAACCCAUCUCCCUUCACAGUCUCAAACCAGUUGGUUUCCUCCGAUAUGGCACCCUUUUUUCUGAGUCCUAUAUCUCUCUACUCCGUCUACCUCCGUUUCUGCUUCACCUCCUCUGGUCUCUCACGACAAGCCGUAGACAUUGAUGAUAACACCACUCUUCACUUUUGGGGUCCCGAUCCUGGGAAGAAAAUCACUACAAUACAUAAACCAUCUCUCAUCCUUAUCCAUGGCUUCGGUCCUAUAUCUCUCUUUCAAUGGCGUAAACAGGUUCAGUUCUUUGCUCCACACUACAAUCUCUACGUUCCAGACCUGAUCUUCUUCGGCGAAUCAACAACGAAGUCUUCAGAGAGGUCAGAGAUUUUCCAGGCAGAGUGUGUGGCUAAGUUGCUUGAAAAGUUAGGAGUGGAGAAGUAUUCUGUGAUGGGGACUAGCUAUGGCGGGGUCGUGGCGUACCACAUGGCGAGGAUGUGGCCGGAGAGGAUAGAGAAGGUGGUGAUAGCAAACUCUGGAGUUAACAUGAAGAGAAGUGACAAUGAAGAGUUGGUUAGGAAGUCUAAGUUGGGAAGUAUUGGCGACCUUAUGUUGCCAAAGGAGGUUUCCCAGUUGAGAACUCUGAUGCGCCUAGCAGUGUAUGGGCGUUCCAUCCACAUGAUUCCGGGCUUUUUCUUGAACGACUUCAUUCAUCAAUUGUACACCAAAAACAGAAGUCAGAAGUUAGAGCUUCUGAAGGGAGUAAUUUUUGGUAAAAAUGAGACAGUAAAUAUUUCUCCACUGCAACAGGAUGUCUUGUUAAUUUGGGGAGACCAUGACCAGAUCUUUCCCUUGGAUAUGGCAUAUGAACUCAAAGGGCUAAUUGGGAAGAAGGUGAAACUGGAAUCCAUAAAGGAUGCAUCUCAUGUACCCCAAAUUGAAAAGCCAAUUCAAUUCAACAACAUUGUCAACAGUUUCUUAUCUGGCUGACUUGUCUUUCUUUGUAACAGAAGUUGGCUUUUUUAUUGGAUGGAUUUUGCUUGGACACUUGUUAAUGCUUAUCUUAUUAGUAGCUAAAUUUAAUGGGUUCUGCA